GUGAAAUUCACAGUCAAUACGAAACAUGUGUUUCAAAAAGCCAUUGAUUUGAGUGUUCAUUGAAUUUAAAUAUUGUUUUCAAUUGAAAUGAAACUAAUUUUAUUCAAUAAGACACCGAGAAGUGGGACGACGGCUGGAUGUGUUUGAGUGAUAUCUUCCAUACAUAACCUAACUAUCAGUGAAUCCAAUGUUUUCCUUAUUGUAUGGAUUGUGGAAAUAUCUGUUCCAGAAGGAGGAGUACUUUGCGUUGAUCUUAGGCUUAGACAACGCCGGGAAGACCACGUUUCUGGAGCAGUCUAAGACACAACUCAACCAUCAGUACAAAGGGGUGGCACUCAAUAAGAUCACCGCAACAGUUGGUCUCAACAUCGGUCGCAUUCACACCAAUGGUAUUGUACUUAACUUCUGGGAUUUGGGCGGACAGACGGAACUGCAGACACUAUGGGAUAAGUAUUUCGCCGAAUCUCAUGCAAUCAUUUAUGUGAUCGACUCUUCAGACAAAGAGAGACUCGAAGACUCGAAACUAGCUUUUGACAAAAUGAUUACAAAUGAAGCCCUGAAUGGUGUGCCACUACUACUAGUGGCCAACAAACAGGACAUUCCCGAAUCGUUAUCAUUGUCCAGAAUUAAAGACAUAUUCAUAAACUCAAAUCAAGUGAUUGGUCCGCGAGAUUACCACUCUGUGUCCGCCUCUGCUCUUAAAGGUGAUGGUGUGAAUGAGAGCAUCGCGUGGACGGUGGGGGCCAUCAAACGCAAUGUCCACAACAGACCGCCACAUAAUAGCGAGGAUUAAGUUUU